AUGGCAGACCCGAAUCCCACAACUGACAAGACACCAAUCAAAGACUUCCUCACCCCAAUCACAAACACCCUCCAAGAACCAACACUCUACAAACUCUCCCACGAACUCAGCAAAACCUACAAAGACCUCGCAGCUAAUUCAACAGAGCAAUUCUUCCCUACUCCAAUAACGCAUUUACCAACCGGUAAAGAGCGGGGAAGAUAUCUGGCUGUUUAUGUUGGAUUGUUUUAUUUACAUGUUGGAUUUAUUGAAUUGUUGGGUUACGACGACCAGAAUACCCAAGAAGAGAAGAAGGGGCAUAGGAGAUGGUUCUCUGUCCGGCGAACACUGGAAAAAGCAUGGCCGAUCGAAGAGAGAUUGAAAUUGGAAAAUCCGGUGGAAUUUUUUGCUUGGAUUGGGACUUGUAUUGCUGAGGUUGUUGGGGAUAGUUUGAGCAGCAGCAGCAUUACCAACGAGAAGGGAGUGGAGGAGGAGAGGGAGUUGGUUGCGGGGAUAUCGUUUUGUUUUCCUAUUGUACAAAAAUCCCUCGAUGAAGCUGUGCUUUUACCAACUGGUAAAGGAUUCCAACUCAAUUCGAAUCUGAAUCUUCGUCAGGCGUUAUUGGAUGGAUAUGAAUGCCAUAUUAGGCCUCAAUCUCCUGAAAAUGAGUCCAAUCAAUGGAAUGAUUUCAUCCGCCACGACGAUGACGAAGGAGGAAGAACAAGCAAAAGAAGAAAACAUUUUUCUCUUCCCAAACUCAAAAUCGCCGCCAUGACAAACGACACCGUUGCAACAUUCGCCUCUCUGGCUUACAGUAUCAAGUCAUUGCAUAUCCCCAAUAGUCGAGUCGUGAUGGGACUAAUGGUUGGAGCGGGCAGUAAUGCGACUGUGGCCAUGAAAGUAUCUGAUUUACAUCCCUCUAAAACAGAAUUCUUCGCCACCACCGCCGUCUCUGAAAAAGACGGCAGAGAGGGUAGAACAGAAACAUUGGUCAGCACAGAAUGGACUCUCCUCCGCUCCAGCAAACCCCUCCUCGACAUGCACAUACUCACAAAAUGGGACAAAAUAGUGGAAGAGUCAUCGAAACCACCUGGUUUCCAACCAAUGGAAUAUAUAGUCGGUGGUCGAUAUAUGGGUGAACUCGUCCGAUUAAUUGUAUUGGACUAUUUCACCAACAUCCUGAACAUCCCGACAGACGUCCUGCCGUGGCGAUUACUCGAAACAGGCGGUCUAACAACAGAUUUCCUAUCUCUAAAUGUCGCUUCGUCCCCAUCUACAGCGGACGCUGGGACAGAUCGAGGGGAAGAUGACCCCCUCGCCAAAGAAUUAAAUCAACGUCUCCCAUCCGCCAAGGGAUGGACAUGGAAUACCGAAAAAGCGAAUAUAUUACGCACAGUCGCGUAUGCGGUAAUGUCUCGAUCUGCGGCUGUGAUUGCUGCUGCGACGGUGGGGUUGUUGUCUUGUGUUGGAGAAAUUAGUCUCAAUGAUCCUACUGCCACGAAAAGCAAGGAUGCAGUAGAAGAUGAUCUAAAGGAUGAAAAAUGGGACAAAGGCCCUGAAGAACUCGUCGUCGCCUUCUGUGGGGGCGUAAUUCAGAAUUAUCCCAGUUACAAAGAGAAUUUACAACGAUAUAUUGAUCGGUUAUUGGUUCAUGGGGGUCCGCAGCAAGGUGGGAAGAGUAUCUUGCUACGUGAGGUUAGUGAUGGCGGUAUUAUCGGGGUUGGAGUACUAGCCGGCACGGUUAUGGGGAGGAUUGAGGGGAUUGUUGGGUCCAAGUUGUAUGAUACGUAG